AAUACACGUGCUUGAAAUACCUUACAUAACCUUGUUUUGAAAAGAUAUAUCCAUACUUCACUAACGUGUUUGUUAUUAUUUCAAUGUAGUUUUAUUUUUUAACAAUUAUUCUAAGUGUUAAUUAGAAUAUAUACAACGAUGGCUAUGUUGGCAGAGAAACGGUACAAAACCAAAUACAUUCUAAACCCAAAAAGCAAUGAUUGGUCCAAAGAUGAAUCUAAGUUUGGACAAAAGAUGUUGGAGAAAAUGGGUUGGUCGAAGGGCAAAGGUUUAGGAUCGAAGCUGGAUGGAAUGGUUGACCAUGUGAAGGUGUCCUACAAGAAUGACAGCAAAGGUAUGGGCUUCCAGGAUAAUGGAGAGCAAUGGACACAGCAUGAAGAUCAAUUUGCUGCUUUGCUCAAAGAGCUGAAUAACAGUGAAGAUGCUGUCCAGCCCAAACAGGAAGACAGCAAGUUGAAUCUUGAAGAGAGAUCUAAAAAAUCAAAGAAACGCGUGCACUACCAUAAAUUCACAAGGGGUAAAGAUUUGAGCCGUUAUUCUCAGAAGGAUCUGGCAAAUAUAUUUGGCCGUACGACUUUGGAAAAGAAAGUUGUUGUGAAAGAGGAGGAACCUGAAGAGGUCCAAGUUAAAGAGGAAAAAGAAAAUGAUAAUCUGAAGAAUGGUGGAUCUAUGGCAGAUUAUUUUAGAAAGAAGAUGGCUAAAACUGGUCUGAAUAAAAUCAAUAUUAAGAAAGAGAGCAAUGAUUCAGAGGAGGAAUUGGGAACAGUGGGUUUCGGUUUUGGGGCUUCUGUGAAGAAGGAAAAUGAUACAAACUCGGGUUUUGAUUUCAGCAAAAAAGGAUUGUAUAAAGGUUUCAUGCCUGCUGCUAAAACGGAGGAAGAAACUAGCGUCGUUAAAGAACCGAAAGAGAUUGAUUGCAGCAAGAACGCUUUGUACAGAGGCUUCGUUUCUGCUGUUAAAGUGGAACCUGAAGAAGUUGAUGAAUCGAAUGUGGGCAAGAAGAAAAGGAAACUUGAUGCAAAUGAAGUUGAAGAUAACUGUGAUUCAAAUAAGAAGAAGAAGAAAAAGAAGAAAUGCAAAGAUGUAGAGGUGUGCAAUAAUGGCACAUCUGAAAGCAUUCCUGCAACUGACCAAGAAGCAGAGCCUAGCAAAAAGAAGAAGAAAAAGAAGAAAUCCAAUGAUGUUGUUGAGACUUCAGAGAAUAUUCCAUCCCUUGAACAGGAAACUGAGCCUUCUAAAAAACAGAAAAAGAAGAAGAAAAAGAAUAAAGAUUUAUAAUAAUUUUG